CAAGACAAACACGAGACCCAAUAAGAAUCUCCCAUUACACAAUGCUCACGACACGACCAACCUUUGUCUUCUUCCUCCUCUUCCUCUCUUUACCUCUCUCCUCUUUCUCUCAACCUUCGAACCCUGUCUACAACUCAUUCCUCAAAUGUUUCUCCGACAAGACAAAAACCCCACAAGCCCAAAACGUCUUUUCUCAGACAAACCCUUCUUACUCCUCCGUCCUCCGCGCCUACAUCCGCAAUGCAAGAUUCAACACUUCCUCCACUCCCAAACCCACACUCAUCAUCACUCCUCGCUCCUAUAGCCACGUCAGCGCCGCCGUCCUCUGCUCAAAGCCCCUAAACUUCGUCUUCAAAAUCCGAAGCGGCGGCCACGACUACGACGGCCUCUCGUACGUCUCCGACAAACCCUUCUUCGUCCUCGACUUGUCGAACCUCCGCGACGUAACCGUCAAUAUCGCCGACCAAACGGCGUGGAUAUCCGCCGGAGCCACUCUCGGCGAGGUUUAUUACCGUAUCUGGGAGAAAAGCAAAGUCCAUGGAUUCCCCGCCGGCGUUUGCCCGACGGUUGGUGUCGGCGGCCACUUAAGCGGCGGCGGGUACGGCAACAUGUUGAGGAAGUUCGGUUUGUCAGUCGAUAACCUGAUCGACGCGAAGAUCGUUGACGUCAACGGUCGGAUUCUAGACCGGAAGUCGAUGGGUGAAGAUCUUUUCUGGGCGAUCUCCGGCGGAGGAGGAGUGAGCUUCGGCGUCGUUUUGGGUUACAAGGUCAAACUCGUCCCGGUCCCACGGGUCGUGACGGUUUUCCGAGUGGAGCAGUUUAUGGAGUCCGGAGCCGUCGACAUGGUUCAUAAAUGGCAGUCGGUGGGUCCGAGAACCAACCGGAAUCUCUUCUUGAGGAUGCUGCUUCAACCCGUGACUAGGAACAAGGUGCAGACCGUGAGAGCCACUGCGGUGGCUCUGUUCUUAGGCAGAGCAGACGACGUCGUUUCCUUGCUUCGCAAGGAGCUUCCUGAACUGGCGUUAAAGAAGGAGAACUGUACGGAGAUGACUUGGUUUCAAUCUGCUCUAUGGUGGGACAAUCGCCUCAACGCAACUCAGAUUGAUCCUAAAGUGUUUCUUGAUCGGAAUCUUGAUUCCUCUAGGUUCUUGAAGAGGAAGUCGGAUUACGUCGCGACGGAGAUUCCUAGAGAUGGGAUUGAGUCUCUGUUCAAGAAGAUGAUCGAGUUGGGGAAGGUAGGACUUGUUUUCAAUCCUUACGGCGGGAAGAUGGCGGAGAUAGCGGAGGAUGCAACGCCGUUACCACACCGGAAGAUGCUUUUCAAGAUUCAGUACUCUGUUAACUGGCAGGAAUCGUCUCCGGAGAUAGAGAAGGGUUUCUUGAAUCAGUCUAGAGUGCUCCACAGGUUCAUGACCCAGUUUGUGAGCAAGAACCCUAGAAGAGCUUACUUGAACUACAGAGAUGUUGACAUCGGGGUGAACGAUCACGGGACGAAUAGUUACGAGGAAGGAGAGGUGUAUGGAAGGAUGUAUUUUGGUAAGAACUUUGAUCGAUUAGUAAAGAUUAAAACCGCUGUUGACCCUGGAAAUUUCUUCAGGAAUGAACAGAGUAUACCUACCUUGCCAAGUAAGGCAUAAUAAGAUAUACUAUUUAUCAUUUGAUGUAAAGAUUGGUUUACUAAAAUGUUAUGCUUUGGUGAAGCAAAAUAUAGAAUGUAUGUUUUGGAUAUUGUAUGUUGUAUGGUUACACUGUUUCAUGGAACUCUACAAUAACAUCAUUUGAUAAUAAAGA